AUGGCUCAAGCUGGGAAUGAUCCUCUGUCUGGGUUUCUUACCGCAAUUGAGAAGCUCAUAGAUGCCAAGCUGAAAGAGGUUAAGCCAAUUGUUCCGGAAGCCACAUCAUCAAUACCUGAAGUGUCCAUGGAUGCCCUUGCUCGCUCCAUAGCAGCAUUUACGUUCUCUCCGGAGGACAAUAUGACCUUCGACGUGUGGUAUUCCCGGUACAAGUCAACAUUCCUGAGCGAUGGAAGCAAUCUCGACGAUGCAGGACGUGUGAGACUCCUUCUCCGUCGACUGGACAAUACUGCUUACUACAGAUAUGCCAAUCUCCUACGUCCGAUAAACCCAGCAGAUCUCUCAUUCGAUGACAACAUCUCGAGACUUUCCAAGUUGUUUGGAAAGGGAGAGUCUCUCUUCAGUCUUCGUCGGAAGUGCCUACAGCAUGUGAUGAAGGAAUCUGAGGAUUGGGCAGCGCACGGAGCUGCUAUCAACAGUCUUUGUGAAGAUUUUCGGCUAGGUGAAUGCACGCCUGAUCACUUUAAGGCAUUGAUCUUUUGCAUCAGCAUCCAAAGUGACAAGCAUGUCUUUGUCCGGGAGCAGCUACUGACACGCUUGGAAACUGAGCCCUCAGACAAAAUCAAUUUGGGGUUCCUGAUUGAUGAAGCUCAGAGAAUUUCCAAUAUGAAGAAGGAUGCUCGUCUUGAUAUCACUCCUGCCAACGUCAGUGCUAUCCGGAAGACGCCAUCGCGACCCUCUUCACAGUCUGACCGCCCGCCUCGACCGUGUUUCCUGUGUGGCGGAAUGCAUUUCAUCCGGGACUGCGUCCACAAAAAUACGAAAUGCCAGGAUUGUGAUACUGUCGGUCACAAAACGGGUUACUGUCCCCCUAAAAAGGGUCAGGAAGACAGCAGAGGAACCGCUGGAAAGCCCAAGAAGAGGUUCUUCAGGAAGAAGAAGAAGGCAUCGGCAAACACCUAUGCAGUUUUCACCGCUCAUCCGAGAGGAAGAAAAUUCUUGACUCCGCAGAUUAACGGCCACUCAGUGGAUUUCCAAUUGGACUGCGCUGCGGAUGUCUCGGUGGUAUCCAGGAGUACUUGGGAGGUUCUUGGAAAACCUAACCUCUCAGAACCAUCUGUUCAUGUCAAAGAUGCUCAAUCACGUAGGAUUCCCAUCAUUGGUGAGUUCCAAUGUGACAUUGUGCUCCAUGGAAAGCAAGCUCGAGGUCGAUGUUUGGUAUCCGACAAUGCCAAGACAAACCUGUUCGGGAUAGAAUGGAUUAGUGAUCUCGGAUUGUGGGAUGUAGCGCCUAGCGCCUACUGUUAUGCAAUUCAAGAAGAAAUUGACACCACGAAGGCUGUCAAGGAGAUCCAGGAAGCUUUCCCAGACGUUUUUGGAACGGAAAUUGGGAAAUGCACUCGUGUCACAGCGACAAUCCAUCUAAAACCCGAUGCCGUGCCUAUCUUCCGGCCAAAACGCCCUGUUGCCUUCCAUCUGCUGCCAACUCUCGACGAAGAACUGCAAAGAUUGCAGGGAUCUGGAAUCAUCACUCCAGUGGAAUACUCCCCUUGGGCCGCACCCAUCGUCGUGGCACGCAAAGCGAAUGGCAGCAUACGGAUUUGUGGAGACUACUCUACUGGUCUCAAUGAGUCCAUCGAGAUGAAUAACUAUCCAAUUCCGGAUCCAGAUAGUUUGUUCAGCCGCAUGUCCAACAAGAGUGUCUUUAGCCAUAUAGACUUGUCGGAUGCAUAUCUACAAGUGCCCAUGGAUGAAGAAUCGAGCAAAUUACUCACCAUUCAUACUCCUCGGGGACUUUUCCGAUUCAAUCGGCUUCCACCUGGCAUCAGGAGUGCUCCAGGAAUUUUCCAGGAAGUCGUGGAGCGCAUGCUUCAAGGAAUUCCGGACGUGAUAUGCUACUUCGACGAUAUCUGUGUCGCUAGCGCAACUCCGGAGGCCCAUUUCUCAACGCUGAAGAAAGUCUUUCAGAGACUAAAGGAUUUUAAUUUCCACGUCAAGCUCGAGAAAUGUAAGUUCUUUGUCAAUUCCAUCAAAUUUUUGGGCGUAAUUACAGACAAAGAUGGCCUGCGACCAGAUCCCGACAAGACACUGGCUAUUAAGCGAAUGCCCGCUCCCACAAACGUCACUGAGCUGAGGAGUUUCCUUGGAGCUAUCCAGUUCUGGGGAAAAUUCGUGAAGAACAUGAGUGAUUUACGAACUCCUUUGGACAAUUUGCUCAAGAAGGGGGUCAAAUGGAAAUGGACACCACAGUGUGAAGAAGUUUUUCGCCGUUUCAAGGAGAUACUUACCUCUGAUCUGUUGCUUACGCACUACGACCCAAGUUUGCCCAUUAUAGUUGCCUCUGACGCAUCAUCUCACGCACUGGGGUGCGUGGCUUAUCACCAGUUUCCUGAUGGCAGCAUGAAGGCAUUCUAUCACGCCUCUAGACGACUGACAGACACAGAGACGCGAUAUAGCCAGAUCGAGAAGGAAGCACUUGGAAUUAUUUUCGCUGUAAAGAAAUUCCAUCGUUUUAUUUACGGCCGGAACUUCACACUAUUGACAGAUCACAAACCUUUAGUGUCUAUUUUCGGCAGCAAAAAGGGUAUUCCAAUUCACACGGCUAAUCGACUCCAACGCUGGGCACUCAUACUAUUGGGGUACGAUUUCACGAUCAAAUACACAUCCACCACAAGUUUCGGUCACGCAGACGUACUAUCCAGACUGAUUUCUAACCACAAACAUUCUGAUGAUGACGUAAUCAUCGCUGGAAUUCAACUCGAAGAAUCAUUUGACGAGAUGGUUUUGACAGAUGCAACAUCUCCAUUACCAGUGAAUUUCCGGAUGAUCCAGAGCGCGACCAAAUCAUCAAGUGUUCUCCAGGAAGUUGCUGCGUACGUGAAAGGUGGCUGGCCUUCUUCCCAAAAAGCCGUGAAAAACAGGGAAGUCUCUCGCUAUUAUAAGAUCCGUGAUGCUUUGUCAUUAAUCCAUGAUUGUGUCUUUUACAGGGACAGGGUAGUGGUACCUGAACAGUUUCGGAGCAAAAUCCUCACACAGCUACAUGAAGCCCAUCCGGGAAUGUCACGCAUGAAAGCCCUGGCACGCAGCUACGUGUUUUGGCCAGGAAUUGAUGAGGAUAUUGAGGAGAAAGUGCGCCAUUGCUCCGACUGUGCCACUGCAUCCCGGUCCCCUGUAAAGACCGAUCUCGCAUCAUGGCCACUGGCUACCCGGCCAUGGCAAAGGAUCCAUAUCGACUAUGCCAAGUACAAGGGAGAGUAUUUUCUACUCAUCAUCGAUGCCUAUACCAAGUGGCCUGAGGUAUUUCAUACCUCUUCCAUGACGACCUCACUGACCCUCCAGAAACUAUCGGAAGUUUUUGCGCGUCUUGGACUUCCUGAGGUCAUCGUCAGUGACAAUGGGACUCAGUUUGUCAGCGGAGAGUUCCAGGAAUACUGUCGCGUCAAUGGAAUUCAGCACCUUCGCACUUGUCCAUAUUCUCCAUCGUCUAAUGGGCAAUGUGAGCGCUUGGUCGAUACUUUGAAGCGCUCUCUGGAGAAACAGGCAUCGCAGAAAAUCGACAUUGCUCUUCAGAGAUUCUUGGCCAAUUACCGUGUAACUCCUAACGAGUAUGCACCAUCAGGAAUGUCUCCAUCUGAGGUUAUGUUUGGACGGAAAGUUCGCACAAUCUUUGAUCUCCUCAAACAUCGUCCAGUGGAGCCCCUGCAGCGCAAUGAGCAAAUGGAGAGUGAUUACAACAAACGUCACGGAACAAAACAACGCUCCUUCCGGAAGGGGGAGGGGGUAUACGCCAAGACAUACGCACAAGGAGGAAAGUGGAAGUGGACUCCCGGAAAAAUCAUUGAAAGGCGAGGAUCUGUUACUUACAAUGUUCGCCUAACCAAUGGACUUCUCGUCAGAUCUCACACAAAUCAAUUAAAGCACCGUUUUGUAGAGCCCGGGAAUUCCUCUGACCAAUCUUCUGCUGCUGUGCCUCUGUUCAAUCACUCAUCACCAUCUCCACCACUUGCUCCUGUGCCAACUCGAUCUUGCGUCACGGAGACGUUGGAUCGCUCAUCUCCCACAAAAUCGCCUGUGAAGUCACCACAAACACCAGUCAAAUCUCCAGUGCCUGGAGGUUCUCGUGAUGAAACCUCAUCCGAGGUGACUCCACCACGCCCUGCUCCAAUCACGACGAACUCACGACACUCUUCACCACGAUCAGCUGUCACUAUUAGUUCGGACACACAAGACGAUAGCGACACACUUGAUUCGUCUAGUGGUGUCUCGGCUAAUCCGGGACAAGAAGUUGCUCAAGAGGAUGAGCUAACCCCCGCUGAUUCUCCAGAACUCCCGAGACCCGAACACACACCGAUGUAUCGCCGUUUGAGGGCAAGGCCAUAUCGCAUUAGCGAUCGCUUCAAGGGUAAAGACUAG